AUGACCGAAGGCGAAGGCAAUUUAAGUCAACAGUGUGCUGUUUCUUUGUUGCAAGAAGCAACAAGAAUGAUCAGAGAAUAUGAUGUUUCUUCAGCACAAGUUGCGAAUCCAAAUGUAAUUUCUCAAAGCAAAUCGCAUCCUUCUACAUCACCUGGCGACACUGCUGUCAAUACAUCAAAUUCAGAAAGAGUGUUGGGGAAUUUUAGAAAUCUUUUUGGGCUGUAUGGGCAUACUGGUCGCCGAUGUCGAUCUAAGUUCCUCAACACAGAUGUUUCCAAAUGA